AUGUCCACAUCACUCGAUAAACGCUUGCAAGAUUGCGGACGCUCGCUAUCGAUUUUCCUAGUCUUUCUUGUUUGCGCAGGGCAGUUCCUAGACACGUUCAAUAGCUCCGCGUUCUUUCUGGCCAUCCCAUCUCUCGCCAAAGACCUUUCACUCAGCGGGAACGCGUCAGUAUGGCUUAUAAGCUCAUUCCAAAUCACAUUCUCCUCUUUUCUGCUGGUUUCCGGGCGCCUCACAGACAGGUAUACCUCGAAGUAUGUUUUUGUCUCCGGCCUGUUCUCGUUCGGAGCUUUGUCUUUGGCAAGUGCUUUCGUGAAAAAUAAAAUCAUAUUUCUUAUUUUUCGUGCUUUUAUCGGCAUCGCCGCAUCUCUGACAAUACCCUCUGCGACUCAUUUGGUCGUGCAUACGUCACCGUCUGCACAUUUCAGAACACGGGCUCUCGCAGCGUUCAACGGCAGUGUUGCUUUAGGGAAUGUCAUUGGUCUGGUGCUUGGAGCGGUAUUCGUUCAACGCGCCAGUUGGAAGUGGAUCUUUUACUUCGAGGCCAUGGUCUCGCUUCCAAUAGCGCUUCUGUGCCUCGUCGUGAUUCCGAACAAUAUCCAGCAGCGUGACAACACUCAUAACGGAUCAUCAGAAAAGGAGGGAAUCAAAAUUGACUGGAUUGCUUCGGUGCUCCUGUUCGUCCUUGGUGUCACGUCAGGAGCAUCAUCUGGAUGGGGAUCCGCGCUAGUGAUUGUUCCGCUGGUAUUAUCCGCUUGCAUUGCCGCCGCAUUCUUUGUUUGGGAAAUUCGCUAUUCGAGCGCAGCGUCAGCCCUGCCGUCAGAAUUGUGGAACAUACCAGGAAUUCGGCCACUCUGUAUCGUGUCCCUGCUACCCAUGCUCUGGUGGACGCAAGUAUUUUUCACAUUCAGCGAACUCUGGCAGACGCGCUACUACAGUUCCAUCCUCACCGCUGCGCAUCUGCUUCCUGUCGGUGUACUGGCCAUCGUUGUUAUCGCCUGCGCGCCCAUCUUGAAGAGUUUUAUUGGCAGUAAAGCAAUCAUCCUCGUCGGACUGACGUUCAUAGUAGCCGCAACUUCUCUCCUACCGUUCGCAGACAGGAAGUCGCGGUAUUGGACAUUUGCCUUCCCGGCGUUUACCAUCGGAACGACAGGGGUUGCUAUGAUAUUUGUUCAUGCGAAUAUAGCCAUGCUGGAGGCUACUCCAAAGCGUCUCACCGGUACGGUCGGAGCGAUGUUCUCUACCUCCCUCCAGCUCGGAGCGGCGGUAGGGGUCGCUGCGAUCACGGCUCUUCAGUCGAACAUAGCAAACAAAAGAGCGGAGAAUAGCAGCGGCUUCAGCGGGAUUGCUGCCGGGUUUUGGCUUCUUUUGGGGAUCGUAACCGCUUCAGCCGUCAUUUUUUCCCUCACUUUCGAACGAUCGGCCGGCAGAAGGACACAGACAGAACCAGAUAUCAAUCAGAAUGCUUCAGAGGGCAGAGAUGUGUCAUUAUUUUUGUCGUCGACUGGGGAAGGAAAGGAAGAAGCUCCAAGAAGCGAAAACAGCCAGUUUCAAUGA